AUGGGGGGCAGACCAGAGAUUCUCUUGGAGCGCAUACUGAGUGGAGGUAAUGUUCAACAGGAUUCAGGAGACGGCUCGACCACGGAUGUAUCUCAUGACUCUCAUUCCUGUGAAGAGCCGACCUCUGAAGAACCACCUCCUUCACUGCAGCUUCGCGUCAUCAAGGUGGAACAGAUUCCCAUCCUGGAGGAACCAGAGACCCACCUACAGGUCAAAGAGGAGCGGGAGGAUCGGUGCAUCAGCCCAGACGUGGAGGCCGAUGCUUCCAACAGCGCUCAAGCCAAGCAUCUUAAAUCUGAGCCGAGCGCUAGCUGUGAGCUCCUUCCUUCACCCGGCGCUCCAACAGAGAGUUUAAGUGAUGGUUCGCUGUCGCCUCGUCACAGCGUUGAAGUCUUUGUAGAACUGGAGCAGCCUCCCAGGGAAGAAAAGUCUUGUCAUAUUUGUGGCAAAAGUUUUAAAAAAGACUCGUAUCUGAUAAGACACGUAAACAAGAGCCACAAAGGACGGCGGGCCUUCAGAUGCCUGCUGUGCGACAAGGAGUUCGACCAGCGGUUCCAGCUCGUUCUGCAUGUGAGGAGCCACACAGGCGACAAACCCUUCAGCUGUGACUACUGCAGCAAAACGUUUGUUCAGAACUCAAGUCGUCUCGCUCACAUGAGAGUGCACACGGGGGAGAAACCUUAUUUUUGUGCAAAGUGUGGCAGAAGUUUUGCCACCAGCAAUCAUUUCAAAUUCUGCAAAAUGCACAGUGAAGGCAAAGUGACGCUAGAAGAACGAGAGGACGCUGAUCAGAAGGAGGAGAAGGCCUUCAAAUGCUUCCAGUGCAACAAGGAGUUUGAUAAAAACCACCAGCUGGUUCGACACGUCAGAGUGCACACCGGAGAAAAACCCUUCAGCUGUGACUUUUGCGGGAAAACUUUCACCCAGAACUCCAAUCGCGUCGUUCACAUGAGACAGCACACCGGAGAGAAACCGUAUUUUUGUGAUAAAUGCGGCAAGAGGUUUGCCAGCAGCCACCAUCUGAAGUUGUGCACGGGGAGGCAGCCCAGAGGCUCAGAUAAGUUGUUCCGCUGCACGAUCUGCGGCCGAACGUUUCACACCGAUUCAAACCUGAAGGUGCACUUGGAGGCUCACGAGUCGUGGCAGCGACACAUCAGUCGGAAACUGCAAGGACACAAACUGGAGGAGAGAAAGAUUAAAGCACGGUCCUCCCGUGCAGCAGGGGGCGCUGCUCAAACCAACCCCGCACGUUUUAAAGUUGACUCCUCUUGUCGCCAUCCGCCUGUUUGUUGCCGGGAGUGGAUUCCUCUUUUCAAAAUCUCUGCUCCGAGCCUUGCAACUUUUCUUCAUUUUUUCUUCCCGGAGAUGUCUGUACCGCAGCUGCUCGAACUGGUGGUGACGGAGCGUCUGUCGGCGGCCGCGAAGGAGAUCUGCGCUCUGGUGUCCAAGACGCUGAAGGAGUUCCAGGAUGAAGCGACCCGCUCCAAGACUGAAGUCCUGCGGCUGAGGAAGCAGAUCGAGCAGAUGGCUGCCCUCAAACCUCGUGUGGUGAUCAUCAGACCAGAGGCCCAGUCGGUCACUCAGAAGCCUCCACAGCAGCCUCCCACUGUGGAGAGAACCAAGACUCCUGUUCAUCAGCAGGUCAAAGAGGAGCCGACGGAUCAGUGCCUCACCUCAGAGCCGGAGGCCGAUUCUCCAGAGGAUGUCAAAGUCCUGCUUUGUGAAUCAGAAGAUCAGAAAAGCGGCCAGCAGCCUCCAGCUUUCAGCUCCAUAACUGUGACGCUGAACGACGAUGACGAAUGGAUCGAGAGUGACAUCUCAGGCCCGUCCUCCUGCGGCCCGAGCGACGCCUCCUUCUCGGAGCGUGAGCGAGCCCAGCAGGACGACUUCACCUGUCGUCUAUGUGAAAAGAAGUUUCAGAAGAACUGUGAUCUGUGCAGGCACAUGGACAAGAUUCACCCAGGACAGAAAGCGCACAAAUGCUCCGACUGCGGCAGGCAGUUUUCCCGUAGAGACCACAUGGCCGAGCACCUCAGGAUCCACACAGGUGAAAAGCCGCACAAGUGUUCCCUCUGUGGGAUGUCUUUCACUCAGAGGUCGGCGCUCAGCGUCCACCUGAGGAGGCACACGGGGGAAAAGCCGUACUUUUGCAAGAAUUGCAACAAAGCGGUUUCCUAUACGCGCCAUUUGAAAACCUGCGGCAUCACCAACAGCAAAAGGAAGAAACCGUUUUGCUGUUCAGUUUGCGGCAAAAUGUUUCACGCAGCUUCCAUUAAUACCAAUGGAGAGGGAUGUAGAGAGAUGAUGGAGAACGAAGCCGCGGCGCUGACAGACGAGCCGAGUCAAACAGUGCCGGUCCAUGAGGCCUUCGGGUCCAGCUAA